GGAGAGGGCUGUGCCGCUAUAGUGCUCAAACCUCUCAGCCAAGCUCUCAUAGACAACGAUGGCAUUGAGUGUGUUACCGGUAUACAGGAAACUGGCGGCAACUCGAAUGGCCGGACAAGCGGCAUCACAACGCCUAGCGCUGCAGCACAUAAUGAUGCCAUGCAGCGAAUGCAACCACGAAAGGUUUUCAUAAUUUUGCAUUUAUGGCUAUUAUUGGUUGAUACUCGUCCAGUACAUCGUUUCAACAUGCGUCUAUUGACUGCGUGCGUUGGGGUACUGCUCGAACCCUGA